AUGAACACUCCAAAACCCCGCGAAACAACCGACGUCCGCCAGGGAAUCCUUGAUGUAGGCCAACGAAUCAUGGCCGCCAAAGGGUAUACCGCCGUGGGCCUGAACGAGAUCCUGGCCACUGCGGGUGUGCCGAAGGGCUCGUUCUAUCACUACUUCGGCUCCAAAGACGCGUUUGGCGAAGCCCUGCUGGAAAACUAUUUCGAGUCCUACCUCGCCGAUAUCGACCACACGCUUGCCCAGACCGGCCAGACGAUGGCGCAGCGGUUGCUGAAUUACUUUCACAUCUGGCAGGACACCCAGUCUUUUCAGAACUGCCAGGGCAAGUGCCUGGCGGUGAAGCUGGGCGUGGAAGUCGCCGACCUUUCCGAACCGAUGCGCGCAGUGCUCAAGCGGGGUACCGCAGGUAUUGUCGAUCGCAUCGCGAAUGGGAUUGAGAUCCGGGGUGGC